UUUUUUUUUUUUUUUUUGAAGGAUGAGGAUGAUCAAGACAAUGGGAAUGACCAAACAAAUACAAAAGACAUCCUGAGUAAUACGUCCAACAGUGGACCAGACGAAGUGGACAAAGACAGAUCCAUCAGGACCAGUUUAUUUUGUGCUGACAUUCAAGAAAAUGAGGAAGACCUGUCAGAUUCUGAAUGGAACAUGCUUGAUUCUGAAGAUGAAAAUUAUGUGGACAGAGAAGACUUGAUGGAGGGCAGUACUAGUGGAGAAAACACAUCUGAAUUAUCAGUGGGAAAUGAAGAUAUAGCCGUUACUGGUGACAAGCCCUUGUAUCCUGGUGCACCUAUUUCAAAAGGAGAAAGUGUAUUAAUGCUGAUGUCCUAUCUGUUGCGGCACAAUUUAACAGGCAAAGCACUUACUCACUUACUGGAAAUGUUUAACACAAUGUUUCCAGGUCUGAUCCCAUCUUCACAUUACCUUUUCCACAAAGAUUUUGGAAGUUCAUCUAAAUUUGAAGUUCACUUUUAUUGUGAAAGUUGUUUAAAAUACUUAGGCGUCAGAGGAGACUGUCCCUCUCAGUGUGACACUUGCAAUACAGAAUUUGAUGCCAAUGCAAACCUUAAGAAUGGAUUCUAUUUUCUUGUGUUGCCCCUGCAUGCACAGAUUCAGCAGCUUUUGCAAGAAUAUGGUGUCAAUCUUAAUGAAAAAACUAGAACCUGUGGGGUUCUCUCUGACAUACAGUCUGGUGAAGAGUAUCAAAUGUUAUGUGACAGUGGAGUUCUUGGAAAAGAUGAUUUGACGCUAAUUUGGAAUUGUGAUGGCGCACCAGUGUUCAAAAGUUCUAAAUGCAGCAUUUGGCCAAUUCAGUGUCAGGUAAUUGAACUGGAACCAGAAUUGAGAAAAAGUCACAUUUUGAUGUCAGCGUUAUGGUUUGGGCCAAGUAAACCAUCCAUGCUAACAUUACUAAAACCAUUUGUUAAAGAAGCCUUAUCAUUAGAGACUGAAGGUAUUGACUGGCAAGACACACAGGGAAACCGGCAUGUUUCUAAAGUGUUUGUGGUGGUUUGUAGCUCUGAUUCAAUGGCUCGUCCAAUGCUUCGUAACACAAAGCAGUUUAAUGGUUUUUAUGGUUGUGACUUCUGUUAUCACAAAGGUGGUAAAUCCUAUCCAUACGAUCAACCUGAACCCACACUUCGAAAUGAAAGAGAUCAUUUCAGUCAUGCAAUGUCAGCUUCAGAUAAUGAGCCAGUUUGGGAGAUGCUCCUGUCCAUUCUCUUCAAUGUCAGCAUCAUAUCAGUGACCUUUGACCCCUGCGAGUAUUUCCUAUUCUGCGGAGGUAGCGAUGGCAAUAUUUUUCAGGUGUCUCUCUGCAGCACGAAUUUAAACCGGGAUAAAACCUUCCAGAUGGACAGCGACGGCAAUCAGGUGUUUAAUGAACACAGGUCAUGUGUUUUUGUGUCGGAGCCCAAAGUGCAGUCAGUGAAAUGA